AUUCUGCAAUUCAUUCAUUUUAUUACGAUGUUUUGUUCUGGAACAAAAGGAAGAAGUAUCUUCCAACAAUAAUUCAAACUUAGCCGCCUGAGGCUGCGCUGUUCUUUCCCAUUCAUUUAGCAUAGCCGCCUCAAAUCCUUUAAAAAGAAGAUUUGCUUUCCUUACAAAGUAUACACCUUGAUACAACACACACCUGUAUCAUCUUCAAUCUCCCAUCUCCCAUAUAACGAUUUGUAUCUUUACAGACUACACCAUCUACAAGAUACAUUUUCUCUCUCUUCCCCAUAAAUAUCACACUGUUCUUCGACUUUCAUCAAAAAACCCCACCAGGUUUUUAAUUACUUCAGGGGAGUUCAUACAAAAUUUGGAUUCUUGGCCAAAAAUUUGGGGGUUUUGAUUAGCGUUUUCAGUAACAAUGGAUGGAAGUGACAUAUACAAAGCGGCAAAUAGUAUAAGGUUAGGGAGUUUAAGAGCAGGGAGUACACGAGUACCAAGUUUAAGAUCUGGAAGUACUUCAGUAUGGAGGAAUUCCGGCAUGGAUGUUUUCUCGAAAUCUUCCCGCGAAGACGACGAUGAAGAAGCUCUUAAAUGGGCUUCUCUUGAAAAGCUACCAACUUUCGAUCGUUUAAAGAAAGGUUUACUUUUCGGAUCAACUGGACCAUCUAACGAAGUUGAUAUCGACAAUCUUGGAGUAGAAGAUCGAAAACAUUUACUCGAUAGGCUUGUCAAAACUGCCGAUGAAGAUAAUGAGAACUUCUUGUUGAAGCUCAGGGCCAGACUCGACAGAGUUGGGAUUGAUUUGCCGACAAUCGAAGUUAGAUAUGAACAUGUCACUGUCGAAGCAGAUGUUAACACUGGUAGUCGAGCUUUACCUAGUUUCAUUAACUUCCAUAUUGACUUUUUCGAGGGGUUAUUGGCUAGAUUCAAUCUACUUCCGAAUUCAAAGAAACAUAUAACUAUUCUCGAUGAUGUUAGUGGUUGCAUUAAAUCUAGCAGAAUGACAUUACUUUUGGGUCCACCGAGUUCUGGGAAGACGACCCUCUUGCUAGCUUUGGCUGGGACACUCGACAAAUCGCUUAAGAGUUCUGGUAAGGUGACUUACAAUGGGCACGAGUUGCAUGAAUUUGUACCCGAAAGAACUUCAGCUUACAUCAGUCAAAAUGAUGUCCACAUUGGAGAAAUGACUGUGAGAGAAACUUUAGCUUUUUCAGCAAGAUGCCAAGGAGUUGGUUCACGUUAUGAGAUGUUGGCUGAAUUGUCGAGAAGAGAGCGAGAUGCAAACAUAAAACCUGAUCCCGAUAUUGAUGUCUUCAUGAAGGCUGCUGCUACUGAAGGUCAAGAAGCUAGUGUAGUAACCGAUUAUACUCUGAAGCUAUUGGGAUUGGACAUCUGUGCAGAUACCAUGGUAGGGGAUCAAAUGAUCAGGGGUAUAUCCGGUGGACAAAAGAAACGUGUAACAACUGGUGAAAUGAUUGUUGGACCAAAUAAGGUUCUUCUCAUGGACGAAAUUUCAACAGGGCUUGAUAGUUCCACUACUUACCAAAUCGUGAAUUCACUUAAACAAUUUCUUCACAUUCUAGAAGGAACAGCCGUCAUUUCACUUCUUCAACCCGCUCCAGAAACAUACGACUUGUUUGAUGACAUCAUACUUUUGACUGAUGGCAAGAUUGUAUACCAAGGUCCACGUGAAAACGUUCUUGAAUUUUUCGAAUCAAUGGGUUUCAAAUGCCCAACAAGAAAAGGUGUCGCUGACUUCUUACAAGAAGUGACAUCGAAGAAAGAUCAACAACAGUAUUGGAUGCGAAGAGAUGAACCUUAUAGAUUUGUAACAGCUAAGGAAUUUGCAGAGGCGUAUCAAUCGUUUCAUGUUGGAAGGAAAUUGGGAGAUGCUUUGGCGACUCCGUAUGAUAAAAGUAAAAGUCAUCCUGCUGCUCUUACGAAUGAAAAAUAUGGUUUGAACAGGAAGGAGCUUUUGAAAGCUUGCACAGAUAGAGAAAUCUUGUUGAUGAAAAGAAACUCUUUUGUCUAUAUCUUCAAAUUGUUCCAACUUACAUUCAUGUCAUUAGUGACUUUGACUGUGUUUUUCCGAACUGAGAUGCAUAGAAAUACUUUAGAAGAUGGAGGAUUGUAUACCGGUGCUCUGUUUUUUGGUGUGGUUAUGAUUAUGUUUAAUGGGAUGUCUGAAAUUUCAAUGACAAUCGCAAAACUUCCUGUGUUCUACAAGCAACGGGAUUUCCUGUUUUACCCCUCGUGGGCUUAUGCUCUUCCAUCUUGGGUCAUCAAGAUUCCCGUUUCAUUUCUUGAAGCUGCUGUUUGGACAAUUCUCACUUACUAUGUCGUGGGGUUCGAUCCUAACAUCUCAAGAUUCUUCAAACAGUAUGUGAUUCUACUACUUGUUAACCAAAUGUCUUCUGGAUUAUUUCGGUUCAUUGGGGCUCUUGGAAGAAACAUGAUUGUUGCAAACACGUUUGGUUCAUUUGCACUUCUGUUAGUGUUUGCUUUGGGUGGUUUUGUCCUUUCACGAGAUGAUGUGAAGAAAUGGUGGGUAUGGGGGUAUUGGUCAUCUCCUAUGAUGUAUGCAAUGAACGGAAUUGUAGUGAACGAGUUUUUAGGACAUGGUUGGAGAACACCUUUGAAUGGGACAACACUAGGGAAAAUGGUCAUCACGGGUAGAGGGUUUUAUGCAGAAGCUUACUGGUAUUGGAUUGCAGUUGUAGCCUUGAUUGGAUUUGUUCUUGUUUUCAACAUCAUGUUCGGUUUAUCUCUAGCCUUGCUCAAACCUUUUGGAAAAACUCAAGGUAACGCAUCAGGUGAUGAUGAUGAAGCAGCCGUUGAGUUAUUAACUUUGAAGAAGGAUGGAGACGAGGGCACUCAAAUCAAGAAGAAAGGAAUGAUCCUUCCAUUUGAACCACAUUCAAUUACCUUCGAUGAUGUCAAAUACUCAGUCGAUAUGCCACAGGAAAUGAAAGAUCAAGGGGUGGGUGAAGACAGACUACUGCUACUCAAGGGUGUCAGUGGAGCUUUCAGGCCUGGUGUUCUCACAGCUCUAAUGGGAGUCAGUGGGGCCGGAAAAACCACUCUUAUGGAUGUGCUUGCUGGCCGGAAAACUGGUGGCUACAUCGAUGGUGAUGUCAAGAUUUCCGGAUAUCCAAAAAAACAAGAAACAUUUGCGCGUAUUUCUGGAUAUUGUGAACAAAACGACAUCCAUUCACCUCAUGUUACUGUUUACGAGUCUUUGCUAUACUCAGCCUGGCUCAGGUUAGCCACAGAUGUUGAUGAACACAAGAGAAAGCAAUUUGUAGAUGAAGUGAUGGACCUUGUGGAAUUGAAUCCAUUGAAGGAUGCGUUAGUUGGAUUGCCAGGUGUCAAUGGUUUGUCAACUGAACAAAGAAAGCGGUUAACAAUAGCGGUUGAGUUAGUGGCUAACCCGUCUAUAAUAUUCAUGGAUGAGCCGACUUCUGGUCUUGAUGCGAGAGCUGCUGCCAUUGUUAUGAGAGCUGUGAGGAACACAGUCGACACAGGAAGAACAGUUGUUUGCACCAUUCAUCAACCAAGUAUCGACAUUUUUGAAGCUUUUGAUGAGUUGUUCUUGAUGAAAAGAGGAGGACAAGAGCUGUAUGUGGGCCCCGUGGGUCGCCAUUCUUGUGAUAUAAUCGAGUACUUUGAGGCUAUUGAUGGCGUAAGUAAGAUAAAAGACGGAUAUAACCCUGCUACCUGGAUGUUGGAAGUCAGUACUUCCGCUCAAGAACUUACACUCGGAGUUGAUUUCACUGAAAUCUACAGGAAUUCCGAUCUUUACAAGAGAAACAAAGCCCUAAUUGCCGAAUUAGGUGUUCCACGUUCAGGGACACAAGAUCUAUACUACCCAACUCAAUAUUCGCAAUCUUUCAUCAUCCAAUGUGUUGCUUGUUUAUGGAAACAACGUUUGUCUUACUGGAGAAACCCUCCUUACACAGCCGUACGUUUUGUCUUCACCACCUUCAUCGGGAUCAUGUUCGGAACCAUGUUCUGGGAUCUCGGUGGUAAAAUGGAUACUCAACAAGAUCUAGUGAACGCGAUGGGUUCUAUGUAUGCUGCAGUUCUCUUCUUGGGAGUCCAAAACGCAUCAUCGGUGCAACCCGUUGUGGAUGUUGAACGGACCGUCUUUUAUAGAGAAAGAGCUGCAGGGAUGUAUUCCGCUUUGCCUUAUGCAUUUGCACAGGUUCUUGUGGAAAUUCCGUAUGUUUUCUCGCAAACAAUGGUAUACAGUGUCAUAGUGUAUGCUAUGAUUGGGUUCGAAUGGACAGCUGCCAAAUUCUUUUGGUAUGCGUUCUUCCAAUUCUCUUGUUUACUCUACAUGACCUUCUAUGGUAUGAUGACUGUCGCCAUCACUCCUAACGCCAACAUCGCCGCCAUCAUUGCCGCCUCGUUUUACGGGAUAUUCAAUCUCUUUUCUGGAUUCAUCAUUCCACGACCCAGCAUUCCUGUGUGGUGGAGAUGGUAUUACUGGGGAAAUCCAUUGGCAUGGACUAUUUAUGGCAUGGUUGCUUCGCAAUUUGGGGACUAUGAAACUAGACUUUCGAAUGGUGAAACUGUUAAAGCUUACUUGGAUAGGUUCUUUGGUUUCAAACAUGAUUUCCUUGGUGUUAUUGCUGGGGUGCACAUUGGAUUAAUUUUGUUCUUUGCGUUCAUCUUUGCGUAUUGCAUUCGAGCCUUCAAUUUCCAGAAGAGAUAGUCUUGUUUUUGUUUGUGGUGGAUGCAACACGUGUCAAAUUAUGUAACUACUUGUAUUAAACUUGUGAUUUGUUUUUGUUAUGAAAGGAAGUAUUCUUGUUUCCCAUAUGUUGUUUUAGUGAAUGGUCUUUCUUGACGUCCUGCUACAACUAGACGGUUUAUCUAGCUGGAGAUUGAUCGAGCCAAUUGGUCUUUAUUUAGGCUAAUUGAUUUUGGGUGGCGGGUGCUAUAUGCUAUAUCUACAACUAAAUGAGUAAACGGGCUCUUGUUCAAGGUGUUGUGCUAUAAAUAGCGAUUAUCACUAUCAAAAUUCAAAACGGU